AUGACAGCUACUAACGGUGUCAGUAAUGGCAAUGUUAACAAUGGUACUGCUCCACGUCCUUCUGUCAAGUUCAAUCCAAGAUUAUGUACCUUAUCAGGUGAUAAUAACGAAUUGAUCUCCAGGUACAAAUAUCAAAAUUCAAUAGUGGUUAAAGAUAUACACACUAAUGAAUUGGAGAUUACACCUUUUGAACAAGAUUACCAAUUUAAAAUUAAUUUGAACCCAAAUAAAGUUGGCAUCAUGCUAGUCGGUCUGGGGGGAAACAAUGGUUCAACUUUCUUAGCAUCUCUAUUGGCUAAUAAAAACAAUAUUUCUUUCAAUACAAGAGAAGGUACAGUUGAACCAAAUUAUUACGGCUCAAUGACUCAAUCGUCAACAUUGAAAUUAGGUAUUGAUUCAGAGGGUAAUGACGUCUUCGCCCCAUUCAAUUCCAUCUUACCGAUGGUUAAUCCAAACGAUUUCGUCGUCUCUGGUUGGGAUAUCAAUGAUGAAAAUCUAUUCAUGGCAAUGCAAAGAGCCAAAGUUCUUGAAUACGAUUUACAAUCAAAACUGAAACCUUAUAUGGAAUCCUAUAAACCUUUAAAAUCUAUUUACUAUCCGGAUUUCAUUGCAAUGAAUCAGUUCGAAAGAGCUAAUAAUUGUAUUAACCAGAAUGAUGAUGGUCAAUUUAAUACUCAAGAUAAAUGGAAUGAUCUUUUAAAAAUUAGACAAGAUAUUAAGGAUUUUAAAUCACAUAAUAAUUUAGAAAAUAUUAUAGUCCUUUGGACUGCAAAUACAGAAAGAUGUGUAGAAAUUAUUCCUGGUGUUAAUGAUACAAUGGAUAAUUUAAUUGCUUCUAUUAAAGAUAAUCAUUCAGAAAUUUCACCAUCAAACAUAUUUGCCACCGCAGCAAUCAUGGAAAAGGUCCCUUACAUUAAUGGUUCUCCACAAAACACUUUUGUACCGGGGCUCAUUGAACUAGCUGAACACAAUGACGUUCUUAUUGCGGGUGAUGAUUUCAAAACUGGUCAAACAAAAUUAAAAUCUGUAAUGACACAGUUUCUAGUGGAUGCAGGUAUUAAACCCGUCUCUAUUGCGUCAUACAAUCAUUUGGGUAAUAACGAUGGUCUCAAUUUAAGUUCUCAUGCACAGUUUAGAUCUAAAGAAAUUUCAAAGAGUUCAGUCAUCGAUGACUGUAUAAAUUCAAAUGAGAUCUUAUUUAAUAAAAAGGAUUCUACAGACAAGACUAACCAUUGUAUCGUUAUCAAGUACAUGAAAGCUGUCGGUGAUUCAAAAGUCGCCAUGGACGAGUACUACAGUCAAUUGAUGUUAGGUGGACACAAUAGAAUCUCCAUUCAUAACGUUUGUGAAGAUUCUCUAUUGGCAAGUCCAAUUAUCAUAGAUUUAUUAGUAAUGACAGAAUUCCUUUCAAGAAUUACUUACAAGAAAAUGGGGGAAGAUCAAGAAUUUCAUAAAUUCUAUCCAAUCCUAUCCUUUUUGAGUUACUGGUUGAAGGCCCCAUUGACAAGGUCAGGUUUCAAGCCAAUCAAUUCAUUGAACAGACAAAGGUUGGCCCUAGAAAAUUUCUUAAGAUUGCUUGUAGGCUUACCACCAAAUGAUGAGUUAAGAUUCGAAGAAAGAUUGAGAUAA